AGAAGAGUCUAAUUUACCGACAAUAUUAUGGCUAUGUACCAUUGAUGAGUGGAUUAUCGAUAACAAUUGAUAUUAUGGGUACGAUGGCAAUUGAUUUGCAUGGUUCUGCAGCAAUAAGCUUAUGGAAUAAGGAUGCCAAGAUGAGAAUUAAUUCUACUAUAUCAACAAAAUUCGACACAAGCAUAAGUUUGGCAUCAUCGAAUAAUUUAAUCGGAAAGGUGACAACGUUACUGUAUGCAAGCGGUACUGUAAACAUUCGGUUUGACACAGAUUUCUUUACAGUACCCCAUUUGCUUUGUAUGACUGUUUCGCACUCACCAAUUGUUAUCAAGCAUUCAUACACUCAUAGUACAAAAACCGGAAAAGACAAACAUUUACGGCAUAACAUCAAGUUAUCCGGUUCCAGUUUAUGGUUGAACAAGAAA